AUGGCUACCAGUGACCAAUGGCUACUUCUUUUGUCCAAAGUUAUCAUUUUCAACUUAAUAAAACAAAAACAAAACAAAAAAGGAGUGACAUUUGUUGAACGUAACGAACGUGCACCGAAACAGAGAUUCAUCCGUUUUGGUCGUCGAGAUCUGAGAUUCCCCGAUGACAGCAGGAACUCAAGAAUUCCUCUUGACUGGAAUGGUGAAGAUUUGCAAGCGUUAAAUGCAGCAGAAAUGAAACGUAUGGGAAGUCGAUUUAUUCGAUUUGGUUGA